ACCAUCGAGAAUCCUCUGCAGGUUACAAAUAAAUGGGAUAACCUUACUUCUCAUCCUCGAGCACUCAAAUAGCCAGGCCGUGAACAGACUGGUGCUUCCAGCCCAUCCGUCCCCAAGAUGUUUAACUUCGCCUUUGCAAUAUCUUGUGUAGUUGUGGCACUGGCGGGUGGGUCAUUCGCUGCCACCAAACGCGGUCUGGCGUUUGCUGAUUCAGAUCAUACUGGCGAUAUCGCUGUCGCUGAUGACACUCAGGUCUCUUGGGUAUAUGAUUGGGGCAGUACCGUGCCAAGCUAUCUGAGAAACACAGAUAUGACCUACAUCCCCAUGCAGUGGGGUGAAGACGAUGCCAAUGAUUUUAUGGCUGAGGUGCAGGCUCAAAAUGCGAAGACCAUUUUAGGUUUCAACGAACCUGACCUCAGUUCACAGUCGAAUAUCGCACCUAUGACCGCCGCGUCGUUAUGGGUGCAGUACAUCCAACCUCUUAGUGCACAGGGCGUCCGACUCGGUAGCCCCGCUGUGUCUAGUGCACCAUCAGGAAUUCCUUGGUUAUCUCAAUUCUUUGGAAACUGCACUGAAUGCACGUUCGAUUUCAUACCUAUCCACUGGUAUGGUGAAGGGCUCGACGAUUUCAAAGACUAUGUCGAGUCGUUCUAUGGCAAAUUCUCAUUGCCAUUGUGGGUCACCGAGUUUGCGUCCACUUCUUCGAAUGUUAGCGAGGUGGAAGAUUUCUGCACUGACGCAAUAGCUUAUCUUGAUAGCCAGGAUUGGAUUGAAGGGUAUGCCUGGUUUGCAUUCUACCGCCAGGAGUCAGGUUCUUACUACAAUCUUCUUGAUGUGAAUGGCCAGUCUAACACACUUGGGGAUAUCUACCUUCAUGGCUCCAAUCAUCAGUGAAGUUUUGUAUAUUUGAUAAAUGGAAGGUAGUAGUACGUACCGAACUUGAUGAGCAUUAAAGUUAUUCGGAUUAAUAAAUAUUGUGACGGUCCGAAAUGCCUGUGAUUCUUUGAUUCUCUGAUCCUCGAGAGUCUGGGUUGUUUGUUGUCUAUCUUCUUUCGACACUCCUGCAUAGUGCAU